AUGCUCCGGGGCUCAGCACGCGGCUUGGCCGAGCUGCCCAGUUGUGCGGAGAAGCCCAACUUCCACUUGGCUCGCGCUUCGUGGUGUGGCGAGCAGAAGGAGCCGGUCGCAUGCGCCAAGGACUCGGAUGGCGCUCCAGCAAGGGAGGUUUCAAGUGUCUCAACCAACAACAACCAGGGAUCGGGAUCUCCCACACGAUUUGUGACAUGGAAUCUCUACGUCUUCACGCUCGCGGGCCGCAUCCAUCCCGUUGUGGAUGAGCUGAUGCGAAUGCAGCCGGAGAUUGCCGCCAUUCCGGAGAUGUGGCACGAGAAGGGCGCCAUCAUUGAUCUGUCCGGCAAUGUGUACGCAUUCGCAACAGGGGGUGCCACCGAGCAGUUCAAUGACGCAGACAUCCUCUACAGGUCUGACAAGUGGGAGCACAUUGCUAGCGACCUAGUUCCAUUCUCAGCUGGCCGAGCCAUCAACUGGGCCGCCUUGCGGCGCAAGUCCGACGGCUAUUCGCUGAUCGCUUCAGGAACACACCCCUUGUGCUGCCGAGGCGACUACGUGAUCACCGAGGCUGUCGACUUUGUCACCAAAACCUUGAGCGGUGUCCAGAAUCGCCAUCCAUACCCCAUUGUUCUCAUGGGAGACCUCAACACUGGCUACCACCAACCAUCGCAGCAGCUGUUGAGGGAGGGGCAUGUUGAUGCUUUCGGACGUCGGUGGCAGAUCCCAAUGACCUUCACAGAUGCGUGGGCCGAGCUCCACCCAUACAACCCCGACCCAUCAACCAUCAAUGACGACCCAGUGCGACUGGAUUACGUGUACUUUCAGAAGACUCCCCUGUCCGUAGGGCAGUCCAUCGUGCAGUCGCAGAUUUGGCCUCGUGCCGCAUGCAGCGACCACCGUGCAGUCUCUGGAGCUGUUGUGCUUAGCCGUUAA